AUGGCGUCAGUGUCGACGCCGGUUAACACUAUUAAUAGGGAUAACUUGAUGGUGUUGAUUAGAAAUAAUGUUUUGAACACGUCUCUAGAGUUCAACGACCCCGAUGUGAUGGAGACAGAUUCUCCUGUGAGAAAACCAAGAAACCUCCAACCAGUCAUUAAGAAACUGUUCCAUUCACCUAUCACAUCACAGACCACACACGACAAGGAAGAUAUGAGGAGUCUGUCUAGCAAGGAGAGGAGGAGGAAGAGGAAAAGGAGGGAGCUGCUCAUCAGCUCAGAUGAUCACAUUAGGAUGGCCUACAUGAGGGAGGGAGGGAGGGAAAUUGAAGGAGGGAGUCCAGAAACUUGUGGAAUGAGGAAGAGAGUACUGAUCAGUCUAUUUCAUAAUAAAGAGUAUUGUAUGGAAACAACAGAGUGA